UUGUGGAGUGAACUCGGCUCCUCUAACAACCCCGUUGGCUCACAUCAAGCGGCCUUACGUCAUCUCACCCCAUACCAAUCCCGCCACCCCAUUGGUCGCUUCGCUUUGCCGCGCUUUCUGAGUGAGAGAGGUGUAGCCGUGUCGCAGUUCAUUGUAGUGGUAGAGCGAAGGGAACGUGCUACCGUGCGUUCAACUAUUUAUAAUCAAAUAGGUCUGCGUCUGUGUGCGUCUGUUGUUACAUUAUGCACCGCCGACUCACACAUCCACACAGCCGAGCGAGGCAAUGAUGUGCACGAAGUAUUAUCCCUUAUUACACGAUCCGCUUCCGCGCUGGCCGCACGUUCAAUAGUUGUCAGUCGACCUCUUUUGUCGUGCGAAGUGCGAACUGUCUUGUUUACAUCGGAGAGCUGGUACGAUGCAUAG